AUGCCCCUUUCCUCCCAUAGCCACUCCCCCCCUCCACGCCAAUUCCCCCUCCCACCUGCUGCUUGCCCCACCUGCUGCAUUCCUCACCUGUUGCUUUCCUCACCUGUUGCUUGCCUCCACGCCGAUGUAACUCUCCUCUCUUCUCCUCCCCUCCCAUCUCCUUCCCUCUCCUCUCCUCCCCUCCCAUCUCCUUCCCUCUCUUCUCCUCCCCUCCCAUCUCCUUCCCUCUCUUCUCCUCCCCUCCCAUCUCCUUCCCUCUCUUCUCCUCCCCUCCCAACUCCUUCCCUCUCUUCUCCUCCCCUCCCAUCUCCUUCCCUCUCUUCUCCUCCCCUCCCAUCUCCUUCCCUCUCUUCUCUUCCCCUCCCAUCUCCUUCCCUCUCUUCUCCUCCCCUCCCAUCUUCUUCCCUUUCUUCUCCACCCCUCCCGUCUCCUCCCCGACCUUCUCUCCUCCCUUCCUCCUCCCUCGCCUACCCACUCGUUUCCCAUCCACCUCAACUCCAGCAAGUUCACUCUCCCCUCCAUUUUCUCCCUUCUGCGGCUCUCCCAAGCACUCCGCUUCCUCAUCUCCCACCGCCCUCCCCUCCUCCCCCCUGCCCUCCAUUCCACCCUCCCCUAAUCUUACCCCCACCCCCCCCCCUCUCUCUCCCCCCUCUGACCGUUCCCACGCUUUUUCCACCCCAACCACCGUGGCAGCAAGCCCCCCUGCACGCCUCUCAUGUUCCACCCAUCCUGUGCCUCCUCCAUUCCUCCCACCAUCACCAUUCCUCCCCCAUGCUCCAAACCAGCGCCGACAUAGUCCCCGCCCCUCUAUCCCCAUUCGUCACACGCCCUUCUUUUUCUACCUCUCCUUCCUCCUCCUCCUCCUCCUACUCCUCUCCCUCCCCCAUUCCCUCCUGCUUCCUCACCUCCUCUACCGUUACAUCCGCACCCCCCUUCUUCCUCUCCCCUCUCUCCCCUCCCCCCCUCGCGCCUGUCUCGCCAGCACCACCAUGCGUUUCAAGCUGCUCACUCGCUUCUACUUCGCCGUCUGCCCCUCCUUCCCCACUCCGCCCUCCUGCUCCGCCCCCUGCUACCCUUUCUCCCAUCCCUCGCCUCGUUUCCGCCAAGCCCAAGCCACGCGCGCCCGCAUCCUCACUUCCCCCUCCCCUCCCUGCACCUCCCCUCGCCGCUCCGCCUCCCCUUCCCUACCCGCGCGGCCGCCAGUCACGGCUGCCUCAGUCUGCUCUCCCCCUCCCACUGGCGCGCGAAUUAAAUUCUGCGGCCUCUCAUGGAGACGGCAGUAGAGGCGCGCGCGCAGAGGGUUGGCUUGCGCCUCCUGCUGGCCACCCCGCCAUUGCGGCUGCUCCUCGCGCUCUGCUGUCACGGCUCUCCGCCAUCGCAAAUUGGCUCUUCUCGCUCUCGUCGCCCUGGCUGUCGCUCCGACGCGACCGCUAUCGAGUUACUAUCCGUCGCACUCUCGUCGCAGUGGGGACUCAAUGA